AUGUUUGCUGGCUGUCCGACUCCCCGAUUCAGGCGCCCGAAAAAUAAAAUCCGGGGAGUCGAUUCUCACCCAACUCUGUAUCACAGUGGCCCACGUGACUCAUCUGGUAGACAGGGUGUGGCUAUUGCCCUCCCGGAACAAGCAAACUGUGCACUACUGGCAUGGGAACCCGUCAACGACCGAAUGGCUUAUGUUCAACUUAAGGGCCAUUUUACGAACAUGUAUAUCGUCUCUGUGUAUGCCCUAACAUCAUCGGCCGAACAGCAAGAUAAAGAAAAUGUCUACUCUCAGCUGGAGGAGCUAGUUGAAAGACCUCCUCGCUAUGAUCUGUUAAUUGUCGCCGGGAACUGGAAUGGCCGGACUGGAACCGGUGGUCCGUCAAACGGCCCCCUUAUUGGUCUUUUUGAGCUUGACUCUCGAUCUGACAAUGGUGAGAGGAUGCUGCAGUUUGCUAAACAGAACCGACUGUUUGUUACCAACACAUGCUUUCAGCAUCAUCACGAAAAUCUACUGACCUGGUAUUUAAACGAUCGAUCAGAUCGAUUACAUUAUAUUUGGUCCACGGCUUCGCAGUUGGGUUCACGAUAG